UGUACGCCUCCACGAAUCUCCAGGACCUUAUCGAUGGGAAGGAACCUGUCGUAUAUCGCCAACGAGAAGCGUCACAUAGAGUUGAUAGAGCUGGAGAACGAUGGGAAGGGGCUGGGCUUCGGCAUUGUAGGGGGUCGAUCCUCUGGAGUCCUGGUCAAAACCAUCCUACCAAGUGGCCCUGCUGGACUGGACAAGCGUCUGCGUAGCGGAGACCACAUCCUGCGUAUCGGGGACACGGACCUGGCGGGCAUGGGCAACGAGGAAGUGGCUCACGUUCUCCGCAACGCAGGGACAAGGGUCAAACUGCUGAUUGCUAGGGACGUCGCGGUCUCCACGGGAACCAACGACCUCUCCCUCUCCUCGCCCCCGCUCCCUCUCCUCGCCCAGCAACAACAGAGGGUGGCCAGGAUGGGCAAACAGCUGUGUGAUGUGGAGGAGGACUCUGAGUACAGUGUCCAGUUCAGCAAGAACAACAGGGGCCUGGGAUUCACUGUCACCAGCUCCAUAGGGAGCAACUCUGGGGUGCAGGUGAAGAGCAUUGUGAAGGGCAGCUCUGUGGACCAAGCCAGUCAGAUACACAUCGGAGACAAGAUCUUAGCUGUGGAUGGUGUCAGCCUGCAGGGCUGCAGUGAGCAGAGAGCCCUGGAGGUCCUCAGGAAGACAGGCCAGAUAGUCAGACUGAGGCUGAUGAGGAGGGCCUCUAGGAUGGGUAAAACCAUGAAGUUGCCCCCUCCACACCUGGAGCCCUACGUCGUCACCCGUACAGAGACAGGGGAACUUGACAAGACAGACCAGACUGGUGUCAUCAACAGAGGAAAACAAAUGUCUCUGCGUGAGAUGUCCAGAAGAGCCAGUAUGAUGUACUCUGAACAACGACUAGACGCCAGAACCGGAGUGAAGCUGACGGUAGCAGAGGAAGAGGAGUUGAAGAACAGAUGGCAGGCUGCUCUGGGACCCAGAUAUCAAGUGGUUGUGUGUCAGCUGGAGAGGUUCAGUGAGACCAGUGGUCUUGGCAUCAGCACGGAGGCCAGGGCAGGACACCACUACCUGUGCUCCGUCUUACCUGAGGGGCCCGUCGGACAGAGCAGGAAGAUACACCCUGGAGACCAGAUACUGGAGGCGAAUGGUAUCCCUCUGAUAGGAGAGACUCACAGAGAGGUGAUCAGCGUUCUGAGAGAGCUGCCUCUGUGUGUCUGUAUGGUGUGCUGCCGCGUCGUGCACCCACAGCUACGGGACAGUGACCACGACGAUGAUGAUGAUGAAGAUGUACAGCUCCCCCUCAAAGAGCUACUGGCUGAGUUCAACGGCAAGUCUCAGUAUGACCAGCCCUGCUGUCUACUUCCUGGUUCUAACAACAUGGAUUGUGGGAGUCGUGGUUUUAAUAAGCCUGUGUCUCCUCCUCUGGCCAUGUGGGAGAGAGACAGUCAGGUGAUAGAGCUGGUGAAGGGAGAGGAAGGCCUGGGAUUCAGCAUCCUAGACUACCAGGACCCAGAGGACGACUCCAAGACUGUCCUGGUGAUCCGCUCCCUGGUCCCCGGUGGCGUGGCCGACUCAGACGGACGCCUGCUGCCCGGUGACCGGCUCAUGUCCGUCAACGACGUGGACCUGGUCCGGUCGACGCUGGGGCGCGCCGUGCACGUCCUCAAAACCACCGGCUACGGGGUCGUGCGCAUCGGCGUCGCCAAGCCACUGCCGAUCGAGUGUUGUGUCCUGGAGUCCAUCCCAGAGUCGUCGAGGUCGUCGAGAGACGAGACCCAGUCGUUAUCGAGAGAUGAGAAGGAUACUCUCCACUCAGCUGGGAUGCUAGCCUCCUCCACACAGCAGGCGCAUGCUAACAGCUACGGCUCACAGCAGAGGAACAGCCAACCGUGCUCCACACUGAAGGACGAGAAAUCUCCGCGUCAUUGUUCCAGCGGCAACAUGGAGGACGGCGAUAAGCUCCUGGCCCCGCCCCCUUCUUUCGGCAGCCAUUUUGAGAGGACAAUCGCUGUUGUCAGGGGCAACCGUAGCCUUGGCCUGACAGUGAGUGCUAUGAAGGACGGCUCAGGGAUGUUGAUCCGGUCAGUGGUCCGUGGAGGGUCUGUCUGUCAGGACGGGCGGCUGGGCGUCGGGGACACUAUCCUGGCUGUUAACGGAGAACCCACCACCAACCUGACCAACGCUAUGUGCAGAGCCAUGCUGAGGAGACACUCUGUUACAGGUUCAAAUAUGAGUGUGACAUUCAUCCCUUCGUUUCUGGUAGAGGAGCACCGUGCGUCCAUGGCCCAGCAGCCUCUGUCAUCCAUCAUGGUGGACGGCCCCUCACCCUGCCCCCUGACACCCUCCCCUACCCCCUGGAGGUCCAACCCCUACCCCUACCCCCCCUGGAGGUCCAGCCCCUUCCCCUACCCCCUGGAGGUCCAGCCCCUUCCCCUACCCCCCCUGGAGGUCCAGCCCCUUCCCCUACCCCUCCUGGAGGUCCAGCCCCUUCCCCUACCCCCCCUGGAGGUCCAGCCCCUUCCCCUACCCCUCCUGGAGCCCCAGAUACAGCCUCAACAGUCCCAACUCCAGGUCCAGCUACAGCCCCAAGGCCUCAAGGCCCUUAUCUACCCAGACCUCCCUAACCUCAACCCUUACCCCAGCUCUAGCCUCAACCCUUACCCCAGCUCUAGCCUCAACCCUUACCCCAGCUCUAGCCUCAUUCCUUACCCCAGCUCUAGCCGCAACCCUUACCCCAGCUCUAGCCUCAACCCUUACCCCAGCUCUAGCAUCAACCCUUACCCCAGCUCUAACCUCAACCCUUACCCCAGCUCUAGCCUCAACCCUUACCCCAGCUCUAGCCUCAACCCUUACCCCAGCUCUAGCCUCAUUCCUUACCCCAGCUCUAGCCUCAACCCUUACCCCAGCUCUAGCAUCAACCCUUACCCCAGCUCUAGCCUCAACCCUUACCCCAGCUCUAGCCUCAACCCUUACCCCAGCUCUAGCCUCAACCCUUACCCCAGCUCUAGCCUCAACCCUUACCCCAGCUCUAGCCUCAACCCUUACCCCAGCUCUAGCCUCAUUCCUUACCCCAGCUCUAGCCGCAACCCUUACCCCAGCUCUAGCCUCAACCCUUACCCCAGCUCUAGCAUCAACCCUUACCCCAGCUCUAGCCUCAACCCUUACCCCAGCUCUAGCCUCAACCCUUACCCCAGCUCUAGCCUCAACCCUUACCCCAGCUCUAGCCUCAACCCUUACCCCAGCUCUAGCCUCAACCCUUACCCCAGCUCUAGCCUCAACCCUUACCCCAGCUCUAGCCUCAACCCUUACCCCAGCUCUAGCCUCAUUCCUUACCCCAGCUCUAGCCUCAACCCUUACCCCAGCUCUAGCCUCUCAACCCUUACCCCAGCUCUAGCAUCAACCCCAGCUUACCCCAGCUCUAGCCUCAACCCUUACCCCAGCUCUAGCCUCAACCCUUACCCCAGCUCUAGCCUCAACCCUUACCCCAGCUCUAGCCUCAACCCUUACCCCAGCUCUAGCCUCAACCCUUACCCCAGCUCUAGCCUCAACCCUUACCCCAGCUCUAGCCUCAACCCUUACCCCAGCUCUAGCCUCAACCCUUACCCCAGCUCUAGCCUCAACCCUUACCCCAGCUCUAGCCUCAACCCUUACCCCAGCUCUAGCCUCAACCCUUACCCCAGCUCUAGCCUCAACCCUUACCCCAGCUCUAACCUCAACCCUUACCCCAGCUCUAACCUCAACCCUUACCUCAGCUCUAACCUCAACCCUUACCUCAGCUCUAACCUCAACCCUUACCCCAGCUCUUACCUCAACCCUUACCUCAGCUCUAACCUCAACCCUUACCCCAGCUCUAGCCUCAACCCUUACCCCAGCUCUAGCCUCAACCCUUACACCAGCUCUAACCUCAACCCUUACCCCAGAUCUAGCCUCAACCCUUACCUCAACCCUUACCUCAGCUCUAGCCUCAACCUAAUCCCUAAACCCCCACCCUCACCCGUACCAAUGAAGGAGAGGAGAGGUUUGGAUGGAGUGAGAGAGGAGGAGAAGAAAGUGGAGAGGAAGCGAGAGGAGGAGGAGGAGGAGGAGGAGGUGAGAGAGGAAGAAGAGAGAGAGGAUGAGAUGUUGGUUUAUCCUACUAACCUCAGUUGGGCUCAACCUAGAAGGGUCAAGUUGAUGCGUUCUUCAGGCCAGUCUCUGGGCAUCAGUAUCAUGGGAGGGAGAGGGAUGGGCAGCAGGCUGAGCAGUGGAGAGGUGAUGAGAGGAGUGUUCAUUAAACACAUCACACCAGACAGCCCUGCUGGACACAACGGCACCCUGAAGACUGGAGACAGGAUACUGGAGGUAGGAGGCAUGGAUCUGAGAGAUGCCAGCCAUGAGCAGGCAGUGGAGGCCAUCCGUAGUGCUGGAGACCCUGUUGUCUUCCUGGUACAGACUGGACAACACACAUCACAGUCCUCUCCUGUGCUCUCCAACCAUGAGAGACAAGCCUCAGCAUCACACAGGGACUCACCGAACAACAGGAUGCCAGAGAGUCACAGUGGUCUGUUCCUUCGUCUCUCCCCCGCCAACCCCUUCACCCCUACUCCCUUUAAGCCGACAGCCAAUAGGACAGUCAGGAGAAGCUCCACAACUGUCUCUGCACCAAUCACACGGAGAGACACGGAAGACGACGGCUGGAAGAAGAUGAUGUCCAGGUAUGGGGGUCUUCCAGGUGAGCUCCAUAUGAUAGAACUGGAGAAGAGUCCCCGUGGAGUCACUAGCACCGAGGCCCCGGGACAGGGUCUGGUUCCUGGUCUGGGUCUCAGCCUGACGGAGGACAGGGAAGGUUCCAGAGCCCACCUCGGCGUCUACGUGGCCGGGGUCGACCCCCAGGGGGCGGCGGGGCGAGACGGACGGAUACGGGUGGGAGAUGAGCUACUGGAGAUCAACGGUCAGAUCCUGUAUGGUCGUAGUCACCAGAACGCUACAGCCAUCCUCAACAGGGCUCCUUCUAAAGUCCAGAUUCUCCUCACCAGGAAUAAAUCGGCUCUGGCGCAGAUGACUCAAGGACCCAUGGGUGGGGACUCCUCCUCUUCCUCCCUCCACCCCUCCAUCUCUCUCUCCUCUUCCUCCCUCCACCCCUCCAUCUCUCUCUCCUCUUCCUCCCUCCAUCCCUCCAUCCACGUCUCUUCCUCCCAUCCCCCCAUUCCUCCCCACUCCUCAGUCGGCACUGCCAGGAACGCCUCCUCCUCCUCCAGCGGGCGAUCUGAUUGGCCAACGGGCUCCGCUCUGACCCCUGACCUCCUGUGCUGUCCCAUAAUACCCGGCGUUGACAGCACCAUAGAGAUCUGUAAAGGACACUUGGGCCUGGGACUCAGCAUCGUGGGGGGGUGUGACACGCUACUGGGGGCGAUAAUAAUCCACGAGGUUAAUGAUGGAGGAGCAGCUCAGAGAGACGGGAGGCUGUGGGCUGGAGACCAGCUACUAGAGGUGAAUGGUAUAGACCUGGGCCAGGCCACCCAUGAGGAAGCUAUAGGGGUGUUGAGGCUGACCCCUCAGCGGGUGCGUCUCACGGUGUUCAGACAACAGCAGGAGUAUGGGGAAGAGGACCUGUGGGAUGUCUUCCAGCUGGAGCUCAGACUACGACCUGGACAGACCCUGGGGCUCAGCACUGUAGGGAAGAGCAACGACACCGGUGUGUUUGUGUCUGAGAUCAUUGGAGGGGGUGUGGCUGAUGGAGACGGACGGCUGUUUCAAGGAGACCAGAUCCUGUCAGUCAACAGAGAGGAUGUCAGAACAGCUACUCAGGAACACGUUACCUCACUGUUA